UCUGUCGCUUGUUAUUCUUUGGGCUACCGAGUGUAUCUGAUUAUUUGUUUUAUAUUCAUGGGUUUGUCCGUUCAAGAUCUAUCUUGUUUGUUCUAUUUCCUUCAUCCUUUUCAUUCUUUCCAGCUUUCCCAGACCUCGGUGUUAUGUUGCAUCUCGACGUCGAUAUCGCUGCAUAGCACCGGCUUAUGAAUGACUGCAAUGUUCUGUUCUCGGCGGUAAUCUCACACCAGCAACGGUUCUCGCACCAUCUGUUGAUCCGCCUUGGUUUCUCUUUUUCAGUCGCCAGCAUAUGUUCUGUUUACAUUUAUAUCGAUACCCUAUUUUCCUUUCUCCUCUUGACAUACACGGCUGUCUGUGUUCUGUGCCUAUUUCGGAUGCUUUUCCAUUACACGCGGAUUUUGUUGCGCUACGGCUUUGCAAUGUGCCUUUGACUGUUGUUAUGGACAAGGCUGCCCUCGAUGUCU